UUGUAGGAAAAAUGGACAUUGAGUCGGUGGAAAGACAGAAGAAAAGGGUUAAGUGUCCCUGAUGCUGCAUAAACUGGAGAUCUACACAAGAGACGCACACAGUGCACAAAUACAUCUGUAUCUAAAAAUCCAUAUUCACACACACCUGUCUCUACAUAUAUACCUCUGAAUAUUUUUGGUCCAUCUUUCUGAUCCAUCUUUUUAGACUCUAUUCAGCAACCACCUGUACAGAGAACUUUCCAUACAAAAAUAAUUACCUGAACAGACGUAUAAUUGAAGUCUUUCGCUUUGUGCUUUGACCAAAUCGGUGAAUUUACUGUGUUGACUCGGGCUAAAAAGGUUCCUUUCCUGGGAGGCGUUGCAAAAAGUUGGAAUCUCCGGGAUUCAGAAAGAGAUGAUUUUUGUGUUUCAGAAUUGACCCAGAUUUGAAUAUUUACUAAAGCUCAAUUGUGUUUGCUUCUGAUUGGUGGUCUUGGGAUGGGCUGCAAGUGUUCAAAACUCAAGAUGGGCUGCAAGUGGUCUAAACUCAAGAUGGGCUGCAAGUGUUUUAAACUCACUUCAUGUUGUUUUACAUCGGAGCAAAAUGGACCAGUGCAUGAGGCGCAUAAUGCUGAAAAUGAGGAAAAUGGUGAAGUUAGCGAUUUGCCUACAUUUCGUGAAUACUCCAUCGAACAACUGAGGGUGGCUACAUCUGGCUUCGCAGUAGAGAACAUUGUUUCAGAGCAUGGGGAGAAAGCCCCUAAUGUCGUUUACAAGGGAAAGCUGGAGAAUCAGAGGCGUGUUGCUGUCAAACGAUUUAACAGAUCGGCUUGGCCCGAUUCCCGGCAGUUCUUGGAAGAAGCGAGAGCUGUUGGUCAACUACGGAGCCACAGAUUGGCAAAUUUGAUUGGCUGCUGCUGUGAAGGAGAUGAGAGGUUACUUAUUGCAGAGUUCAUGCCCAACGAGACACUUGCAAAACAUCUAUUUCACUGGGAGACACAACCAUUGAAGUGGGCAAUGCGGUUAAGGGUGGCUUUAUAUAUUGCGCAAGCCCUAGAAUAUUGUACAAGCAAAGGACGUGCACUUUAUCAUGAUCUUAAUGCUUACAGAAUAGUCUUUGAUGAUGAUGGUAAUCCCAGAUUGUCAUGCUUUGGUUUGAUGAAGAACAGUAGAGAUGGAAAGAGCUACAGCACUAACUUGGCAUUUACUCCACCGGAGUACCUAAGGACUGGAAGAGUUAGUCCAGAAAGUGUAACAUACAGCUUUGGCACACUUUUACUUGACCUUCUCAGUGGAAAACACAUUCCUCCAAGCCAUGCCCUUGAUUUGAUAAAGGAUCGGAACCUUCAGAUGCUAACUGAUUCUUGCUUGGAAGGUCAAUUUUCAAAUGAUGAUGGAACUGAGUUAGUACGUCUAGCGUCAAGGUGUUUGCAAUACGAACCCCGUGAGAGGCCAAAUCCAAAAUCAUUAGUUGCUGCAUUGAUUCCUCUUCAGAAGGAAACUGAGGUUCCUUCCCAUGUAUUAAUGGGCAUUCCUCAUGGUAGCGAGGCUAUGUCUCUAUCCGCACUUGGUGAUGCGUGCUUAAGAAUGGAUUUGACUGCCAUACACGAGAUACUAGAAAAACUUGGGUACAAAGAUGACGAGGGAGCGGCUACAGAGCUUUCAUUCCAGAUGUGGACAAAUCAAAUGCAGGAAACUUUGAACUCCAAGAAAAAGGGUGAUGUAGCUUUCCGGCAUAAAGAUUUUGGGGUUGCAAUUGAAUGUUACACGCAGUUUAUUGACGGUGGUACAAUGGUCUCCCCAACUGUGUUUGCUCGCCGUUGUUUGUCUUAUCUCAUGAGUGAUAUGCCACAGGAGGCCCUCAAUGAUGCGGUACAAGCACAAGUUAUUUCUCCUAUUUGGCAUAUAGCAUCUUACUUGCAAGCUGCUGCCCUUUUCGCUUUAGGGAAGGAAAAUGAGGCACAAAUUGCACUUAGAGAGGGUGCGAUACUUGAAGAAAAGAGGAAUGCAUCAUCUUGAUAUUAAAGAACUGCGUUCAACUACUCCUGGAUGCAGCCAUAAAGCACAAGCUUCUUGGUUGAUUAAUGCCUCUUAAAAUCUACGAGGAGCAAUGUACAAACAUUAUAUUGUCCUCGGGAGUGAUGCGAAAUUGUUUUGUUUUAUUGAAGGAUUCUUCUUGCAACAAAAGUUGGUGGUGGACAGUGACUAACCUUUUUCAAUAGCACAAUCUAGGGAUUACUUUUGAAAGCAUUGGAAGGGGUUAGAUGUUGAUAAGAGAUUGAGUUUACCUGAAGUGUUUUGAGAUUUGAUUUUGUAAUUUAUGUACAGUGCUGUAUGUGGCUUGCUCUCAACAUCUGUGAUUGGUUUUUUCUAUCAUUUCUUUUUCUGUGGGCUAGAAAGUUGUUUGGAAUUGGUUUAAAUCUGUGAUAUUUAUAAUGGAUUAAGAUUGAGCUUUUUUAGAA